AUGAGCAAGAUAUGCAGCCCGGUGAAAAUGCAAAUACUUGAUGGUGGCGAUAGAGGGGAACUAGACCUGCGACAUUUGAGUCGCAUCUCAUGCUUCGCUGCACCGACGGUGCAAAUCUCUUUGGCAGUUCCUCAGAAGUUCAUGAUUAUCAUUUGUAUUGCCUCAUCUUACUGUCUGAAAGUAGAAGCCCGCAAUGCAAUGCUAGGAUAUUAUGUUGUACCGCAAAACCUGAAAUGA